UUCUGCCACGCCCCCAGCAGGCACGUGUUUGUCAGUGAGAGCUGGGAAGUGACAGCUGCGGAAUCGACAUGGAGGGGAACAGCAAGGGGAGAAGGAGAGAGUCUGAGGCCUCACUGGAUUCUUCCAAUGUGGAGUUUGUGUAUGAUGAUACUGACCACCCUUACACAGAGUUAGCAGAGUUAUAUAGCUAUACAGAAGAGCAAGAUUUAAACCUGAACCGAAACUGUUUUGAGGAAGAAUUUAAAGAUCAUGUUAAUGACCUCAGAUGGACAAGUCUGACUUCAGCAGAACACAGAAUUUAUAUUAUGCACCUCUUGGAUAAACUAGAGGUAGUGAACAGAGAAAAGAGGCUCUCCGCAUCUAGAGCCAUCUUGUACCUAUCACAAGGUGUAUUUGGCGAGUGUGACAAUGAAGCAGAUGUUGUACGCUGGUCCAAAUAUAACAGCUUCCUCCUCUAUAAUAUGGGAGCAUUUGCUGCCUUUUUGGAAUUACUCAACAUGGAGAUAGCGAAUAGCCAGGCUUGUAGCAGCGCACUGAGGAAGCCAGCAUUGUCUUUGGCAGACAGUACAGAUCUCAGGGUUCUACUUAGUGUUAUGUAUCUGAUGGUUGAAAAUAUUCGUCAAGAAUCAGAGAAUGAUGACCCAGAAUGGAAAAUUCUACGUGCUAAUUUCCGUGAAGAACUUGCCUUCCCUGUGCAUCCUGAGGAGCCAUUUGCUCAUCUCCUCUUUGCAAUGGUGACCAAAUUCUGCAGUGGUCAUUGUCCCCACUUUCCCAUGAAAAAAGUUCUCUUGCUGCUCUGGAAAGUUCUGUUGUUUACAUUAGGUGGUUUCCCUGAGCUUCAGAGCAUGAAGGAGAAAAAAAGAUCAGAACUUGGCUUGCCACCCUUACUGGAGGACAGCAUACAGGUGAUGAAGAACAUGAAGGCUAUCUCCCCUCCUACUUAUGGCAUUGAGCUAGGAGAGCAGCAGAAACGUGGGCGCAGAAGUCGCAGGGACAGCCUUGAUCUAUAUAAUGAAAAGGAUCCAUUUAAGAAUGACGAGUUGCAGGGGCCUGAAGAGGAAGAGAGUGAGGAAACUGAUAAUAUGAUGGAUACAGAACCUGAGGCACAGGAGAAGGACCUACUUUCACAACCACUAGCCAGUCUGAGGGCAAACAGUGAGAGAGUAUGCUUCCCAAAGGGCCUACCAUGGCCACCUAAAGUCAGGGAAAAGGACAUUGAAAAUUUCUUAGAGAUGAGCCGAAAUAAAUUUAUUGGAUUUACUCUGGGCAAUGAUACAGAAACAUUGGUUGGAUUACCUCGACCCAUUCAUGAGAGUGUGAAGACACUAAAACAGCAUAAAUAUGUUUCAGUCGCUGAUGUUCAGAUUAAGAAGGAAGAGGAGCUGGAAAAAUGCCCUAUGUUGUUGGGACAGGAGAAGGUGGAGGAGACCCCCUGCGAACUUCUGUACAAAUCUAUGCUGACCAACAUCCCCCAGUACAUGAUUGCCCUACUGAAGAUACUGCUGGCUGCUGCACCAACCUCCAAAGCCAAGACAGACUCAAUCAAUAUUCUGGCAGAUGUUCUUCCUGAGGAAAUGCCGAUAACUAUACUACAGAGCAUGAAACUAGGAAUUGAUGUGAACCGGCAUAAAGAGAUAAUUGUCAAGAGUGUCUCCGCCAUCUUGCUGCUGCUGCUAAAGCAUUUUAAACUUAACCAUAUAUUCCAGUUUGAAUAUGUGUCCCAGCAUCUGGUGUUUGCCAACUGCAUACCUCUGAUCCUAAAAUUCUUCAACCAGAACAUCAUGUCCUACAUCUGUGCCAAGAACAGUAUAUCUGCACUGGAGUUCCCAUCUUGUGUUGUUCAUGAGCUGCCUGAACUGACUGCAGAGAGCCUGGAAACUGGAGACAACAAUCAGUUCUGCUGGAGAAACUUAUUCUCUUGCAUUAAUUUGCUGAAGAUCUUGAACAAACUCACCAAGUGGAAACAUUCCCGGACCAUGAUGCUGGUGGUAUUCAAAUCUGCUCCCAUUUUAAAGCGUGCACUGAAGGUCAAGCAGGCAAUUCUGCAGCUCUAUGUACUGAAACUGCUAAAGCUACAGACCAAGUACUUGGGAAGACAGUGGAGGAAGAGUAACAUGAAGACAAUGUCUGCCAUUUACCAGUUGGUGCGUCACAGAAUGAAUGAUGAUUGGGCUUAUGGCAAUGACAUUGAUGCCAGGCCAUGGGACUUUCAGGCUGAGGAAUGCACCUUGCGUGGAAACAUUGAGAGAUUCAACAGUCGGAGAUAUGAAAAGAACCCAAGCUGGGAGUUUGCUCCAGUAGAUAAUUGUCUACUAAGUGUAGUGGGGCAGACGCUGGAGCUUCCGGGGGAUUUUCAUUACACCUACGAGCUCUGGUUAGAAAGGGAAGUAUUUUCCAAGCCAAUCCACUGGGAAGAACUCCUUCAGUACUCAUGACAGCUCGCACAACAGUGUUUUGAUGUUUAAUAAUCAGCUAACUUAUUCUGCUAUGUUUUGUCUGUGACAUAGCACAGCAAAUGAAAAAGUAAGAGCCAUAAUAAACUAAAUGUAUGUAAAAAUGAUCAAUGGACUGCAGGUGUUUAAGAAAUGCUUGUAGGUAUAGACUGUGAAUUCUGGCAAAUUCCAGAGGGGCUGCUGUAAGAUGCCACAGACAGUCACUAUUUAUUAGGGGGAGGUUUGGACCUUUGUGUACAUGAAAUGCAACUCUUUACAUUGAGAAAGUAUUACCUCUAAUGAACAUACAAUGUAAUGGAGCCCUUUAACUGAUUAAACAGAGCCAAUGUAAAAAAAAAAAAAUAAGUUUUUGCAGCAGAAAGAUAAUUAUGAUCAUUUUUGUCACUUGCAGUAGCACAAAAUUGUUUUCCUCAGACAGCAGAAGAACAAUGCCACUUCUUAAAAAGCUUUACAGUGCAUACUAUCCCUAGAAAUGGAAAAUAUACACAUAUAAGUGUAUUGGUAUAAAAACUUAGUCUGCCAUGGUGCAGAGAAGCUAAUGAAUUGCUGAUAUGGGGUAAUAAGGGAUAAGAUUCUGUCAAACAUUGUAAUUCACAAUACUAUGACUUUGUGCCAGCAUGGAUUUCCUGUAUGACCAAUAGAUCUUGCCAAAUACAUUUUGCAGAGUGAUUUGGCUAAAUUGGAAAACUGGGCAGCAAAUGGGGUCCGUUGUUGAUAUAUGCAAGGUUAUGCAGAAUUAAUUAAUGUGAGUUAUACACUAAAUGGUAGUGUGUUGGGAGCAGUGCCGGGCCAAGCAGGCCAGGGCCCUAGGCAACCUGGUCGGCUUGGCCCGCCCACUGCCAACACCCCCCCCCACCCCCGUGCGCACAGGCACAUGUGCACACAGGGGGGCAGGGGGAUUACAGGGACUGCUGCACUGUCGGGGGAAAGGGUCCAGAACCGGUGGUAGGUGACAGAAGAGGUACCUGCCUGGCACCCCCCCACCAUUGCGCCCUAGGCAAGGGUACCCCUAGUUCCGGCUCUGGUUGGGAGGUCCUUAAUUGAGAUUGUGGAUAACAAACUAUGUAACUGUAGGCAGUGUCACUCAGUGGCUACUCAGUCUUGCAUGAAAUUAGCAUUAACUCAAGGGCUGAAAACAUAAUUUAGCCUUUUUCUAGGUGCAUAGUAAGGCCUCACCUAAGUUAAGUUGGAGAGAGUGCAGAGAUGUGGCACUAAAUUUGUAAAAGCAAUGGAACAAUUAAAUUGUGAGAGUAUGAAGCAUAAUUUAAUAUAAUAGCUCCAACCCCCCCAUUUAACUUUAACAUUCGCUUGUUUGCAGCAGGGGGAUACAUAGGGGUCGGGGGCCUGCUGGUGUGCGCUGGACCCUUGAAGAUGUUGUAGGGGUGAGAGGAGGAUGCUGACAUGUUGUAUGAAGUGCAGGAUAUGAGGAACUACCAUACAGAAGACUCUGCACUGCAGACCUCUUGUACCCCACGCCCCCUCAGGCUAUGAAAACUGGCUUUAUUUUUUGUCAAAGUUAGUCUUGUUUAUUGUGCGUUAAUCACUUAAAUUGACAGUUAAUGGGCCCAUAAAAUCACCAUUUUAUUUGGUCUACUAUUGAUCAGGCUUGGCUUAAAAUGCCACUCAACCAUGUCUGCAUGAGGCUGUGGAUGCAUUUUACAGCGUGACCCUGUGCAGGUUCUCUGGGCAUCUGGCCCUUGGUCUUAGGGCUAAAUGAUUGGACAAUCCUGAUUUAAACCAGUAGAUCUUUCUGUAUGGGGCAAGGUGGGGCAAGUUGAACACUUUUAGAUUAACUUUAUGCUUUGGGGAAAGCAAUAAUAAACACAAAAUUUUAGGGUUGUGUCUAAUAUACAGAGGUGAAUAUUUUAGUUCCACUCUACAUUACAGUUGGAGGGUAAUAAAACCAUGCCUCUGUUUACUUUACAUUUAUGAGGCAGGUGGGAGAGAGGUAGUAAGCAAAGUAAAAGUGGGUCCUGCUACAUAUGUAUUGUUUAACACUGGCAAUAAAAAAUCAUAGUAAAUAUAUUUUAAUUAUAAGCAGUAAGUUAAUUUAAUGGGUUCAUCGAAUAAAGGUGUACAUUGUCAUAUAUUUAAAUACAAGAUGAUCUGUACCUAUAGAUAUUCUGUUGCUCAAAACAAAUGAGUUAUUUUCUGAAUGGUUUUUCCUUACUCUGGUGUCCAGAUCAUCUUUUUGCUACCUGUUGCUAAAUGGACUUGAAGGUGUAUUCAGUGCCUUAAAUACUUUGUCUGUCUUUAGAAAAUCCAGUAAAUGUGAAUAGGUCCUGUGAUUUUAUGCUGAUGCCAUGAUGACAUUUAUCUAUGAAACUAUUCAGUGGCCUUGCAGUUAGCUGCUGAUGCACCCAUAAAAGCUGCCUUGUUUUCCAGUGCACUGCUUCAUUUUAGUUUCUCCCUCUACACCCUUCCAACAUACUGUCUAAUCUGAUAACUAUCCUUAAACAUGAUGUUGUAUUAAGAACUUGUAUAGUCUUACAACCAAUUUACCUUUUUAUAUGUACUUGUCUUAUUAAUAAGUUGCUUGAAUAUAUAUGUAAUAAAGCUGUAGUAUUUGCAAUAAACUCAGUAUUAACUUGC